UCAGAGGUCCUGGCAGCCUCAGAGGUACUGGCAGCCUCAGAGGUACUGGCAGCCUCAGAGGUACUGGCAGCCUCAGAGGUACUGGCAGCCUCAGAGGUACUGGAGCCUCAGAGGUACUGCAGUCUCAGAGGUACUGGCAGCCUCAGAGGUACUGGCAGCCUCAGAGGUACUGGCAGCCUCAGAGGUACUGGAGUCUCAGAGGUACUGGCAGCCUCAGAGGUACUGGCAGCCUCAGAGGUACUGGCAGCCUCAGAGGUACUGGCAGCCUCAGAGGUACUGGCAGCCUCAGAGGUACUGGCAGCCUCAGAGGUACUGGAGCCUCAGAGGUACUGGAGUCUCAGAGGUCCUGGCAGCCUCAGAGAUACUGGCAGCCUCAGAGGUACUGGCAGCCUCAGAUGUACUGGCAGCCUCAGAGGUAGUGGCAGCCCCAGAGGUAGUGGCAGCCCCAGAGGUAGUGGCAGCCUCAGAGGUACUGGCAGCCUCAGAGGUACUGCGGCCUCAGAGGUACUGGCAGCCUCGGUGUCUGACAUCUAAGGAUACAAUAAAAUGAUAUUAGUCAUGUGUAAAUUAGGCAGUAGGAUAUGAUAACGAUUCAACCAUCCCCAGUAUCCUCAUUCUAAACAACUGACCAACCUGAACUUGGGGAUUUAUCAUUUCCUUUUCAAAUCUGGCCUCACAAGUUAAAUUAUGUUUCUUUAGAGUUUCCAUGCAUCUUCUUAUCCUCUGCAAAGCCUUUGAAAAGGAAGACAAACAUUAAAAUAUUACAACAUGAAGGACAAACAAUACAUCACCAAGACACUAUCAAACAUGUAUCAGUCUUUAUACAACAGAGACAUCCUUAUGUGUGAGGGUGUCUACUACUACUAUCAAACAUGUAUCAGUCUUUCUGCAACAGAGCCAUCCUUAUGUGUGAGGGUGCGUGUGCAUGAUAGUGAUAUAAAAUAUAUGUCAUAGUUUCCUUUUUCAUGAUCACAAUCUUGUGAAACCCGAACCCUCCAAGAUCCCCCCACAGUUCCCCAAUAGCUGUCCCUCAACCAUUCCAGACCCCUCCCACAGCUCCCCAAUAGCUGUCCCUCAACCAUUCCAGACCCCUCCCACAGUUCCUCUGGAAUAAAAAUAAAAAUAAAUACAAUUAAUUCCAUUCCCCCAAGAACCCCCCAAUGCACCAACAACCAAGAACCCCCCAAUGCACCAACAACCAAGAACCCUCCAAUGCACCAACAACCAAGAACCCUCCAAUGCACCAACAACCAAGAGAAUGAACCCCCACCCUCAAUAACCCCCCAAUGCACCAACAACCAAGAGAAUGAACCCCCCACCAAGAACCCCCCAAUGCACCAACAACCAAGAGAAUGAACCCCCCACCAAGAACCCCCCAAUGCACCAACAACCAAGAACCCCCCAAUGCACCAACAACCAAGAACCCCCCAAUGCACCAACAACCAAGAGAACUAAAGAGAAAAAAGGAAAAGACAGAAAACAGAAAACAACAAUGCAAAAAUAUAAUAAUAAUAAUACAUUUAAACCAAAGGACAUCAAGAACAACUGAAAUCAUGACAGCAAUGCCAACUGUAUAUGUUUGUGUGCAUGUCUGGCACUAUUACAUGUAUGUGUGUGUUCUUGUAUGUGUUUAUUUGAAUGAGAGUGUGUGUAUAUGCAUGUGUACAAACACCUUCACGGCAUCAGUGGUCCCGUGUGGCUCAGUUGGUAGAGCAUGGCGCUUGCAACGCCAGGGUUGUGGGUUCAUUCCCCACGGGGGGACCAGGAUGAAUAUGUAUGAACUUUCCAAUUUGUAAGUCGCUCUGGAUAAGAGCGUCUGCUAAAUGACUUAAAUGUAAAAUGUAAAUCAGCCUCAGGCAAACCGGCAUUAGUUGUAAAAACACUGCCACCUAGUGUCAUUCAAAUGUACUUUUAUUAUGUUUUAUUUGGACAUUUUUCUUCCUUUGACCAUCAUUCUCUCUCUCACACAGCAACUCCACUCCCACUUGUCUCCAAUUCCACAUCCCAACCCUCAGCUUCCCUCAGCCCAUCCCAUCUAUCUCUGCUGGCCACCCUCAGCUUCCCUCAGCCCAUCCCAUCUAUCUCUGCUGGACACCCUCAGCUUCCCUCAGCCCAUCCCAUCUAUCUCUGCUGGCCACCCUCAGCUUCCCUCAGCCCAUCCCAUCUAUCUCUGCUGGCCACCCUCAGCUUCCCUCAGCCCAUCCCAUCUAUCUCUGCUGGUCACCCUCAGCUUCCCUCAGCCCAUCCCAUCUAUCUCUGCUGGCCACCCUCAGCUUCCCUCAGCCCAUCCCAUCUAUCUCUGCUGGCCACCCUCAGCUUCCCUCAGCCCAUCCCAUCUAUCUCUGCUGGCCACCCUCAGCUUCCCUCAGCUCAUCCCAUCUAUCUCUGCUGGCCACCCUCAGCUCCCCUCAGCCCAUCCCAUCUAUCUCUGCUGGCCACCCUCAGCUUCCCUCGGCCCAUCCCAUCUAUCUCUGCUGGCCACCCUCAGCUUCCCUCAGCCCAUCCCAUCUAUCUCUGCUGGCCACCCUCAGCUUCCCUCAGCCCAUCCCAUCUAUCUCUGCUGGCCACCCUCAGCUUCCCUCAGCCCAUCCCAUCUAUCUCUGCUGGCCACCCUCAGCUUCCCUCAGCCCAUCCCAUCUAUCUCUGCUGGCCACCCUCAGCUUCCCUCAGCCCAUCCCAUCUAUCUCUGCUGGCCACCCUCAGCUUCCCUCAGCCCAUCCCAUCUAUCUCUGCUGGCCACCCUCAGCUUCCCUCAGCCCAUCCCAUCUAUCUCUGCUGGCCACCCUCAGCUCCCCUCAGCCCAUCCCAUCUAUCUCUGCUGGCCACCCUCAGCUUCCCUCAGCCCAUCCCAUCUAUCUCUGCUGGACACCCUCAGCCCAUCCCAUCUAUCUCUGCUGGACACCCUCAGCCCAUCCCAUCUAUCUCUGCUGGCCACCCUCAGCUUCCCUCGGCCCAUCCCAUCUAUCUCUGCUGGCCACCCUCAGCUUCCCUCAGCCCAUCCCAUCUAUCUCUGCUGGCCACCCUCAGCUUCCCUCAGCCCAUCCCAUCUAUCUCUGCUGGCCACCCUCAGCUUCCCUCAGCCCAUCCCAUCUAUCUCUGCUGGCCACCCUCAGCUUCCCUCAGCCCAUCCCAUCUAUCUCUGCUGGCCACCCUCAGCUUCCCUCAGCCCAUCCCAUCUAUCUCUGCUGGCCACCCUCAGCUUCCCUCAGCCCAUCCCAUCUAUCUCUGCUGGCCACCCUCAGCUCCCCUCAGCCCAUCCCAUCUAUCUCUGCUGGCCACCCUCAGCUCCCCUCAGCCCAUCCCAUCUAUCUCUGCUGGCCACCCUCAGCUUCCCUCAGCCCAUCCCAUCUAUCUCUGCUGGCCACCCUCAGCUUCCCUCAGCCCAUCACAUCUAUCUCUGCUGGCCACCCUCAGCUUCCCUCAGCCCAUCCCAUCUAUCUCUGCUGGCCACCCUCAGCUUCCCUCAGCCCAUCCCAUCUAUCUCUGCUGGCCACCCUCAGCUCCCCUCAGCCCAUCCCAUCUAUCUCUGCUGGCCACCCUCAGCUUCCCUCAGCCCAUCCCAUCUAUCUCUGCUGGACACCCUCAGCCCAUCCCAUCUAUCUCUGCUGGCCACCCUCGGCCCAUCCCAUCUAUCUCUGCUGGCCACCCUCAGCUUCCCUCAGCCCAUCCCAUCUAUCUCUGCUGGCCACCCUCGGCCCAUCCCAUCUAUCUCUGCUGGCCACCCUCGGCCCAUCCCAUCUAUCUCUGCUGGCCACCCACUUCCUGUUUCUACGCAACACAUAUCUUUCAACUAUGCUGUGGUGUUUAACGUACAAUUUCAAUAUAUCUAA